AUGCACAAAAAAAGUAUGGAGGCGGCGGCGCACCUCGAACGUGUCGAGAAGGUCUGCGACGGCAGCGACAGCGACGAGGACAUGUGCGACUUCGAGCCGAAGGUUCGCUCCUUUCAUUUGUAUAUGCAAAUGUCUUGCAAUCAUCUUAAAGUGGAAAACUACGAAAAAAAAAAAACUUCACUUCAAAAAGUUGACCAAUAAAAAAUCUCUCCCUAAUCCUUUAACAAAUGAGAAAAAGUCUGAGCAACUACAAAAUGACUUCCGCUUCUAAUUUUUUUCAUCUGAUUUUUUUAUCUACAAAAAAAUCGGUGAAAAUCAAUGAAAAAAAUUCUUUGAUGUUUCAAAAAUCAAUACAUGUUAACAAAUUUUGUCUCGAAACCCAAAAAAAAAAAACAAAAAAUGCCGUUUCUAGUAGUAAAAUUUAUCGCUCGCUCAUCCUUAAAAAGAUCGAUUAAUAAAAAGUUAUUUGCAAUUAUUGUCGGCUUUUUUCAGAUAAUGCACCAACAAGGCCCCAGAAGAGACGCCACGUCUUACGCGGGAAUGAUCGAGAACGAACUGGCCGUGGAUCACGGCCAUCACGCCUUCGCUCCGUUGCUCAACAACAACGGUCUCAAACUCUAUCACGGUUAUCAGUCCAACAUAUGA